AAACGGCUUUCUUGUAAUCCUUACAACUGCCAAUCUGCCAUUCAUUCAUUCGCCAGAGCGGCUCCAACACACACCCACCCACCCACCCGCACAUUCACAUAAUUUCUCUUCUUCUCUCUACCAUUUCUUCUCAUUUCUGCAAUUUUUUUGGUUUCUAUUUUUUCAAUUCUUUCGAUAGGGUUUUGGAGUAAAAAGUUGCGAAAUUAGGGCAGGGUGUUUGCGGCUCUUGAUUUUGCUGUCGUCUUUUGGAUGCGGCGCUCCAUCUGAGACCUAGUCGCCUGAAUUUUCAAAAGUUUCCGGGAGAUCUCCGCUUGGGUUUUGAUCUGAUUUUGGUGGGUUUACAUUUCCCGAUCUCGAGAUUAGGUGAUCGAUUGAAGCCGGCGAGAGUUGUGCUCGUUAUGUGCAGCGUAUCGAGAUAUUGUGAGAAGGUAUAUGCGAUGGCGGAAGGGGGAUCUCAUUAUUGUUCCAAAAAAACUGAUGACAUAUGCGGCGGCGCCUGUGACGAGGAAUCGGGGCGGGCCUUGAGUAUGUCAAGAUUGAAAUGUAUUCUGCGGGGACUGGACAUUAGAGCUUGCCUCUUUCUGUUCAUGUUGAUUCCAACGAGUCUUUUUGUUGUAUACGUUCACGGCCAAAAGAUCACAUACUUUUUGCGGCCGCUAUGGGAGUCUCCGCCCAAGCCCUUCCACGAAAUACCUCAUUAUUAUCACGAGAAUGUCUCGAUGGAGAAUCUGUGCAAGCUCCAUGGUUGGGGGAUACGUGAAUACCCGAGGCGUGUUUUUGAUGCAGUGUUGUUCAGCAACGAGGUUGACAUUCUUAAGAUACGAUGGAAAGAGUUGUACCCAUAUGUCUCGGAGUUUGUCCUUCUUGAGUCAAACUCAACAUUUACUGGGCUGGCGAAACCUUUUGUAUUUUCAACUGUUCGGGACCAAUUCAAGUAUCUUGAGCCACGAUUGACUUAUGGCCAAGUUCCGGGGAGAUUUAGGAAGGGAGAGAAUCCGUUUGUUGAGGAAGCAUAUCAGAGGCUUGCACUUGAUUAUCUACUCAAACAAGCUGGUAUUCAGGACGAUGAUCUUUUAUUAAUGUCAGAUGUUGAUGAGAUCCCGAGCAGACACACUAUCAAUCUUUUACGGUGGUGCGAUGGCAUCCCUCCAAUCCUCCACCUCCGUUUGAGAAACUAUCUGUAUUCUUUUGAGUUUCUUGUCGACAACAACAGCUGGAGGGCUUCUGUUCAUGUAUAUCAAGGUGGAAAGACAAGAUACGCCCACUACAGGCAGUCUGAUGAAAUCUUGGCGGAUGCUGGGUGGCACUGUAGCUUUUGCUUCAGACGAAUUAGCGAGUUUGUAUUCAAAAUGAAGGCUUACAGCCACUUUGAUCGGGUUAGGUUUUCCCAUUUCCUGAAUCCGAAAAGGAUCCAAAGAGUGAUUUGCAGAGGGGCCGACUUGUUUGAUAUGCUUCCGGAAGAGUACACCUUCAAGGAAAUAAUUGGAAAAAUGGGACCCAUUCCACAUUCGUAUUCGGCUGUCCAUCUUCCUGCUUAUCUUCUGGAGAAGGCAGAGGAUUUUAGAUUUCUGUUGCCGGGGAAUUGCUUGAGGGAGAGUGGGUGAGGCCUAUAUAGAUAUAUAUAUAUACAUAUAUAUAUAUCAUCUAUAUAUAUAGUGUCUGUGAUUCGCAUGUAUAGGUUGAAGCCAGGUUUGGCUCCCGGGAAUGGAAAGGAUUUCCUUGACGAACGGCGCUGUGAUGCUUUUAGAACAGCGUUUGCUUGCUUGCUUGCUGCAUGUCCGAUGGCGAUGGAGAUGGCGAUGCUAAGUUGAGGUCUUUAUUUAUUAUUAUAUCUAUAUAUCUAUAAUCUAUGUAUCAUUCUUUGUGUUCUUUUGGACAAGUUUUAAGAAGAGGAGAUUGGAGAUGUUGGAUUUGUUCUCUACUUAGGUUGGACAUGGUAGCGAGUGAGUGAGUUUUGUACAUAAGAAACAAACAGCUGGGGUUGUUAUUGUUAUUAACCUCUCUCUCUCAUUUUGUCAUAUGCUUCUCCUGUUCCUGCU